GUCAAUGAAAUGUUUUACAUUUAAUCAUGUGUGGUUUUUCUCAAUCUUUUGUGGAGUGUGGAUAAUACUUAUUCAUGCCUUAACCUCAGGCAUCUAUGUGAGUCGCAAUACAUACAUUCGUGCAGGAGUUGCUGAAUUGAAGAUCACAAAUCCGGUUCACAUUGUAUGCUACUACCGGUAUUUGAGAUUUUAUCCUUCAGGAAGAUUUCUGUAUAAGAAUUCGUCACAAAAGUUGAAAGAUGUAGCAAUGUUAAUGAACUUCCGUGCUUCAAGGGCUAAUAGUGUUUUUAGUGGGAGUUAUACCUUCUCAGAGGACAAGGUUGAAGCUGCCAUUUUGUAUCCUGGUUUGCGUCCAACUGUGCUUAGAAUUCGUUUGAGGUUAAGGGGGACAUCUGAGGGUGCCAAUAACCGGAUGGAUCUACUGGCACUUUUAACUUGUGGUGUGAAUGAGAAUGAGGUUAGUCACCAUGAUGAAGACAUUCUUGGGGUUGUUGAGGGCUGGCAAGAGGAUGAGACACAUAACCCUGAUGUACCAGCUAUUUCACACAAAAGAGGUCUUACACCUUUUGUCUUUGUCCCAUUCGAGGAGGUCGAGACUUCGGUCCUGAAUCUGCCCGUAGAAAGAAUGGAUUACUUUGUUUCUGGCUGAGAACCGGAAGGGUGGUGGGUGCCUAUUGACGUCUCUUCUUUCUGGGAAAAUAACCCGAAUGUUUGCGGUUAUUUGGUUGUUAAAAUUAUCUGAAUGUAUCGAUUUGUGUUGUGCCUUAUAUAUUUUUACUCCGUAUUAUUUAUAUUAUAGAAAAUGUAGACGUAAAAAUGUCAUCCAUAAAGUCGCCAUGAAGCUUUAUAUAUCAAUGGCGUGUGCUUCUGCUGUUGUUGUGUCUGUAUAUUUCUGUAAUUUAAAUAUGUUUUGGUCUGCUUUUUAUUUAACCAUACCAAUCCUUGCUCCAUUUACACACAGUUGAAUUCACUUGCACUGGAAAUAAAUACUCCCUUCGUUC